UUCCACCAUGUCAGCCAAUGGGAGCUUAGAGACAGGUUGCAGGUCAGAGAUCAGACCAAGCAACAACACCUGCAGCCAAAAAGAAUUGUCUGUCACCGCCUCCGCCAUCUCCAUGACUGUGGGCAUCUUCUCCAACAGCCUUGCCCUGUUCAUCCUCAUCAAAUCCUACAACCGCAUCCGGAUCAAGUCGAAGGCGUCCUUCCUGCUGUUUGCCAGCAGCCUGGUGAUCACAGACCUGUUGGGUCACCUCAUCAACGGCUCCCUGGUGCUUUUUGUCUACAGCUUCCACAUGAAAUGGGAGACGUUUGACCCUCACCGCAUCGUGUGCAGCGUCUUCGGGGCGUGCAUGGUGUUCUUUGGCCUUAGCCCCUUGUUGCUGGGGAGUGCCAUGGCGGUGGAGCGCUGCAUUGGAGUCACCAGGCCUAUCUUUCACUCCACAGCAUUAGCUUCCCACCACAUGAAAAGGCUGCUGGGACUCACAUGGCUGCUAGCUGCCCUGGUGGCUGUGCUGCCUGUGCUGCUGUGGAGACCCUACAAAGUUCAGAGCUCCAGGAGCUGGUGCUUCUUCCAUAUGGAGGAACCCAAAGACUGGCUGGAUGUGCUGCUGCCUCUGGUUUUCUCUAUGCUAGGGCUGCUGGCCCUACUGCUCUCCAUUGUGUGUAAUACGCUGACAAGCUGUGCUCUGCUACAGGCCAGACUGCGACGCAAGCAUCACUGUAGAGGCACGUCCUAUCACAUAGAGAUGAUCUGCCAGCUGCUGGCUAUCAUGUUGGUAUCCUGUGUGUGCUGGGGCCCAUUACUGAUCCAUGUCAUCAUGCUGAGCACUAGAGCCAAACACGAGCCUACGUCUUUCAGUCUCCUGAUGGUGGUACGUAUGGCCACAUGGAACCAGAUCCUGGACCCCUGGGUCUACAUCCUGCUACGGAAGGCUGUCCUGAGGAAAAUCUUCAUGUUGUUACAUAGCUGCUGGGGCCCAAAGUCUCAUCACCUACACCGCUGGCAGCGCAGUGUGCUCCGCAGCUCCAUGGAGACCAGCAACUCAGGUGCUGGCCCGUCUGACUGCCGCUGCCUCAGUAGAUUUCCUCUGUCAGACACUGCGAUCAAAUCCAUCACCUGAACCCUGGUCACAGUGUUACGAUCUGAGAACACCAGUGAGAAAACUUAAAAAAGACUAUCAAAUGUAUUGUGCUCAUCACAAGAAGCUUGUACAAACAAUAUAAAAGCUGGUAAAAGCAUGUUCUCUUUGGAGUUGUAAAAUGAUCACCAUGAACUGCCAGUAUUGUGGUCUAUUGUGGGAUUAACCUUUUCAGCUCUGUUUAAUAAUUAGCAGCUCUGAGCAAAAUAUGUCUGAAAUGGUCACAGUGCUCAGGAAAUAUGCAGCCACAGUUUGGUUGGUUCCGUCAUUCCUCUAUUGCGCUUUUUUGGAAAAGUUUCCUUCUUUGUGUUUAAUGCUGCUGAAAUUUCCCCAUGGCAGCUCCAGCCUGCGCUUAUUGUGUUAUUUCUGUUACUGGCAGUAGCCCUAAAACAAGUUCUAUACUGUGUUUUUGACCUCACAUGUGAAUGGUGAUAGGGAUUCUU